AAAUGUUGCAGUACUCUGGUUUUGAGCACCAGAAAAUUAAACGUUUGGUUGCUAAACGUUACCAAACCAACUGUAUGCAUAUCAAAUUGAUCAUCAAUGGUAUUUGGUGAUGUUUUACCGUUACCUCCAUGUACAGAACCAUAUGCAUUCCAGGUGGCUGGUCAUUCCAGAGAGAAUUCACAUAAAUUUGAAAUCCUCAAAGAUCGGUCCAGAGCACUUAUCUACAAGUCAUUUCAAGAUUGUUCAAGAGGUAUGCGUGAGGUGAUAUUCUAUGAACGUGUUUUUUCACCGGAUGCAUCAGAAGCAUUUAAACUAUUGCGUCAAUUCAUUCCAAUGUAUCAUGGAAUAUUUCAGUGUCCAUCGACUAAAGCCUACUAUGUAGGUCUCUCCGAUCUAGUAGCCAGUUUUAAACAACCUAAUGUAUGCGAUUUCAAAAUGGGUACAAUCACAUAUCUGCCUGGUUCCUCUGAAGAUAAGAUAUCCAGAGAGAAGUUUAAAUAUGCAUGGCGUCGUAAACUUGGCUUCCUGCUGUCUGGUAUGCAAGUUUACGAUCCAAGAACUCAUUGUAUGAUCAAGUUGCCAAAGGCAUUUGGACGUAAUUUAAAUCCAGAACAAGUUUAUUCCGUUGGUUUGAAAACAUUUCUAGGCCCAGAUCCUGUAUAUCGUGUCGAACUUGCACACAAGUAUCUCAUCCAACUUGGUCGUAUAUUACACUGGUAUAAAGAAUAUGGUGCAAAACGACUGACAUUUUGUCGUUCCUCCCUAUUGUUCAUUCAUGAAUCCGUACCAAUAGGAUGUGAAGAAUUCCCACCGUCGAACACCUCCACAACCACCACCACCACUACGACUGCCGCUACUACUACUACUACUAACGGCCUACGAGUAGUAUCGACAAAAUUAAUAGAAAAAUCAAAUCGUAUGAAUAAUUCCCAGUUGAUCCCUUCUACCACUAAUGCAAUUCCUUCUAUUCCUAUUAAUAUUGCUAACAGUAAUUCUAUUAAUGGUUCCAAUACACGUGCUCAGGUGUAUUUAAUUGAUUUUGCUCAUUGGGAAGAGAAAAAUCCUCAUCCCUCGACGAGUAAAACUCAUAUCAAUGACAAUAAUGCUGCCGACGAGGACGAGGGAGAGGCGGAGGACGAUAGCAGUUAUUAUAUAACCUAUGAAUUAACUGAAGGCUUUCGUUAUGGAUUGGAAACUCUCAUCAGCUUGAUGCAACGUGUUGUAAAUAAUGGAGAGAAUUAAUAAUCCCUAUAACUUUUAACCUUUUUUGUAUGUAUUAAUGUAUGCAUUGUUAUCGUAGACUAUUUUCCAUAUCUCCACAACAUCACUACUGAGCAGUACUCAUUUUAUCUGGUUAUUGCUUCAUUUUUAUUCCUCUGCGUUCCAAAUGUGGAACAUAGGGAAGUGAAGGUUUCAAGCCUCUUGAGGCCUGAAAGUUUCAUUAGCAGUGUGAUAUUAUCAGUUUCGCUAGCCUGGGAUUCGAACCCCAGACCACACACAUAUGAGGCAAGCAUUCUACACACACUACCGCUCAAAUCACUAUCGAUAACACACUUCUGUGUCUGGUAAUAUUGUAUAUUAGAUAAUUCAAUGUGUUGAGAGAAUACCGUGAAUAUGCAGGAGGCAAAUGCGUCUCCGUGUCGCUGUUUUUGUUAUUGUUCAAUGAGGCUCCUUCUUCUCCCUCUACUUUCUGUUACUUACAUAUAAAAUACAUAUCCAUUCCCUAUUGUAUAUUUCCAUCCCCAUCCACGCACCACCGCGCGUCCUCCUCCUCCCUUUGCAUUUCUUGUCAUAUUACACUAUUAUUAUUAUUAUUAUUAUGAUUAUUGUUGUUGUUGUUUAUUUAGGGUUUUUUGUAUUUAUAAAUAAUUUCAAUCGAUAUCUUUGUCGUUGUUAUUGUUGUCGAUUAAUUAGUUAGUUAGUUGUCCUAUUUUUCAUGCUGUUUUCUUUCAUUUCAAUCCACUUCCCUCGUUUUAUUAUUUUUUAGAAAGGA